UUAACGUCGGACCGUCCGCCGCUGACGACGACGACGUGGACAACUACAUUUAUACCACCCACGCAAUCAAUUUUUCGAAACAAUCAUUACGUCUCAUUCAUCACCGCACGUGUGUCUUUUCGUCCGUUAUUCUUUGGAUUAAGUCGAAAACUGAGUGUCCUAUAUUAUACCGUUUACGUCUAACACGAUCGUCGCGAUUAUUCUUUAAAGUGUGUAAAAAAUAUUCACGUGUUUACCUCGAGCGCGUGUGCGGUAUUACUUGUUGCCGUAGUUAAACAUCAUAUUAUAGCCGCCUCCUAAAUAAUAUAGUACAUAGCUGAUAGGUGCGCCCAUAUCGUACGAAAGGGAAAGGACUCAGCAGUAACAACAGUCCGCUUGACGGACAGAUCGUGGAAUCUUUUGCUUUUCGAUUAUCAUUACUGCUAUUUUCGCCACCGGUCGGUACAACGCGUAGGUACAUUAUAGUUAUUAUACCCAUCCGUAGUGCCGUACAGUGCGACAUCCGGGCCGCGACAACAUGAUGUCACUGUACAGGACCAUCAGGGGCACGAAUGGCACCCAAAAACGCGUCAGGGACAGGAGUUGUCCGUCGUUAGCAGUGCCCAACGACAUGAUAUCCAGGCGCCGAAUAUUGUCCAGGUCCAGGGACGAUCUGAACUUGGAUUCGGGAGUAGGAUUUCCCGUUCAAGUUGAAGAAGAAGAAGACGUGUGGUACAACAAGGACAAACUGUACAAGGAUCAUAUUCAGGAAGUAUUAGAUAAAUGGACGCAAAUCGACGACGAAAUUUGGGCCAAAGUGAUAGUGCUUGAAAGAAACCGUCGAGUGGCCAAAGCUUAUGCCCGAGCACCGAUACUCACAGUGAACGGGUCUGACGAAGGAUUCGAUGGAUACAGAAUUGGCGUAAAUGGUUUCGACAACCCGAUGCGGGAUCCAAAGACCGAAGAAGUAAAAAAGCUAGUGGGCCUAGGUGUCAAAGUGAAAAUGGACGAUCAAGGAAACAUUCUCGUGAAAAGGCUGUCCGGAAAGAACGUGUACGUAAAGAGCAUAUCGAACGCCGGCGAAGAGACUAGCAUCGGGGCAGACGUGCUCAAAUUACCCAACUACUGUCUGGAGAAUGAUAAACCGGUUAAGUUAUUUGACAUGAAAAAAUUCCAACAGAACGUGUCCAGAGAAUUACGCAGAGCUUACCCUGAUCGCAGGCGUCUAGAAUGUCAAUGUUUGAGUGCUAUCAGUUUCGUUAAAAACGAACCAGAUAUGUUGGACAGCCCUAUAUGGGUGUUGAUCAUAAACGUUGUAGCCAUGGAUAUGCUCAAGUCGAAAUUGCCACCAAUUUAUGCAGUGAAACGGACUACGGUGGAUAUUAAAAAUCGGCCAAGAAUCCCGAUCCCGGAUGAGGACCCGUAUAGCAUAGCGGGAGCAAACAUGGUGGCCGCCACACGAGAACAACUGAUGAUGCAGACGGCGGCGCGCAGGGGCGACAAGCCACCAAAGCUGCCACCUAGAGACCCGUCGAACCCUUACCCACAUGAAAUACCUAAGCCUGACUAUGACGAUAUCGAAGAAGAAGAAAAUAGAUUGGUAGGCUCCAUGAAGCAGUUCACCUCAUCCAGGGGAAAGGACAAAGUCAAGGACAACAAUAAAAAAUACGACGACCCGUACUACUGCGGACUGAGAGCGAGAGUACCGAACUUUGUCAAGACUUCCAACGGAAAAACUAAGGAGUUCAUUAAAGACGUGCCCAACGGCCCGAAGAUGAGCACCGCUGUCCCGCCAUCACGGUACCAUCAGAAUCCGAUGGCCCUGUCCAACGGUCACCUAGCCACCGCCGCUCACUAUCAUCACACGCAGCCCGCCAUGUGGCACACGCGCAGCUUCGACAGCGGAAUGGACGCCGAAGUUUUUGAUUCGCCGUACAACCAUAUCUACGGACGGUUACCCAUACCCACUAGAGGUUACAUACCGACGGGACACAGGACUCCAAUGUAUGUUGGUGAAUGGGACUAACGAUUCCAACUGGAUGAACUGAUUUAGGUCGAUCCGCGUUUCUCAUCGACGAAAAUCGAAAUGAUCCAAUUUUAAAAGAAUCGAAAAAUUAAAAAAAAAUCAUUGUACUAUAUAUAUCCCUUUUCGUUUUUUUUCUCGACUGAUGGAUUUAUAUUUGCACAUAAAUAUAUAUAUAUAUAUAAAUUGCGUACA